AUGGCCAGGCACGCGGUCAGGAUCGAAGUGGGAUACACCGCAAUAUCCUGGCACAGGAUACAUGUGCGUAGUUCGUAUAUUGUUAUUGUUUUCGAGUUCCAUCCGGUUUGGCCUCAGCUGACUGACAGCCAGCGGCCGACGGCUACAAAAACAUUCCAACCUCCAGUCAAAGGCGACGAUGAUGAGGACAAAAAGUCGGACUGCCGGGCAUCCCUGCAUAAAGCUGAUGUGAAGUACACAGAGCUCCUGAAGGAGAUAAAUACAACCUAUCAUACAAGACCCCAUAACUCAGCAAACAAUUCAGAGUUUGAGAAAUAUUUCCAAACAGUUUUAACAGGAUUAAACUUAAGCGUUUAUGAGAUUGGUGCCAAAAUUGAUAUAUACACAGAUUUCACUGUUUACAAUCAAGUGCGAUUAGAACUUGAAAGGGAAAUGUUUAAAAAAGUACAAGUUGCGGAAAAACUACUUAAACUUGGAAACCUUUUACCAAAGUGUCACAGCUUCUUUACGAAUCAGCAGGUACAACUCAAAGCGAGCUUAGGACAAUCGAACCUUAUGAAAUUGGAAAUGUUAAAUGAUCCCAGUCAUGAGUGUGAAAAUGUUGAACUAGAUAAAAUUUUUAUCCAAAGUACACCAAAUACUACAGCUAAACCCAUAAGCUAUUUGGUAGCGCUACAAGAUAUGCUGAAAAAAUAUAGCAAAAGACCAUGGAGAAAUAGAAAAUAUGUGGAAUUCGACGAACAAAUUUGGAAAGUGUUUAUGGCCACAAAUAGCGAAGACAAAAACCAACAAAAGAUGGCGCUAGAAACGUUCAAAGCAUAUGACACAGAACGGGCUAAAUUGGAUAAAGAUCUUUCAAAUCGAAUUGGAAAAUUUAAAAAACAAAUUGCAAACGAAAGCAAAUCUGAUUGCAAAUCCGACCUUCGAAACAUAAAUAAGCGACUAUCUCAAGCCAUGUUCCAGACCAUUGAGCAAAAACGUGCUGCGUUAGAAGCUGCAAAAUAUUCAAAAUCCUGCGACAAUAAUCAGCUGCUACUGAAGGUGGCGAUAACGGAGUUAUCGAUAAUUUUUAUUAUUGGAGAGAGCUGCCAACUUGCCUGCUUGCGGUUUAAAUGA